CUAGGGGGGGGGGGGGCAGUCAAAAAUCAACCAGGGUUAAGGGAAUAGCAAAGCAUGGGACAUAAGCCAGUAAUUAACAUGUAUACACUGGUGGGUUCCCAUUUUGCACAAAUUUGAGGAUUAGGUGUGAAUUGUAUUUUGAUAGCAAUUAAAGAAAGUAAUAAUGAGAGAGAGAGAGAUUACAUGUCUAAGAAAAGAUACAUAUGUUUAACAGAGUAAGUAAGUCAGAGAAAAGAGAGAGUGAGAGAGAUAUUACAUGUCUGAGAGAAUAAGUAAGACGCACAUGUUUACAUGUAUAAGAGUAAGUUACAGAGAGAGAGAGAGAGAGAAAGAGACUACAUGUCUGAGAGAUUAAGUAAGAUGUACAUGUUUACAUGUAUAAGACCAAGUUUCAGAGAGAGAGAGCAAACAGACAUGUUAUACAGAGCAAUGAAUAUUAAUUGAUAGAUAUGGAACAACAAGAUUAAGGGAGUAAGAGACAAAGUUUUGUUGAGUUCAUCUGAAAGAGAGAGAGAGAUAGAGAGAAGAGAGGGGUGAUAGAAAAUAAGAUUACAUGUUAGAAAAGAGGGAGAGGUUUGGUAGUGAAAGUGAUGGAUAGAGAGAACAGGUAGAAAGCAAGAGAACAGAUUUAUUAGGAAAUUAUGUAGGACAGAGGCUUGGAGAAAGAAUGAGAGAUAAGAAGUACAUGUUUGGCUGUACAAUCAUGAGAUAGUGAAAGAAAGUAAUAGCGAGUGCAGCUCGCCGGCGCGCAGCAAGCUCUACCGGCAAGGCGUGUGUGAAUAGAAAAUUUGGACUAUUUGCACAUUCAUAUUCAACGGAUUUUUUUGGCGUCAGUAAAUCGGACCAGUAAUGCCUUGUUUUAAUCGUCCCAGUAGUUCCUUGUAAUGAUGGUUUCCCAUUUCACACUCUCACAAGAUGCAUGCAUUGUAAAUGUACUGCUGACACAACAUAAGACUGACGGAGUUAUCGUCCUUUUGAGUGACGUCAAAAUGGAUUUCUUACACAUCGAUCCGACAGAAGUUUUCGGCGUCAGUAAAUUUCGACCCACAAUGCAAUUCCUCAAUGUCGGUCGAUCUCACUAGACUGGAUACCAUCUCGCGAGAAUCAAAGUAAAACUUUUGAGAAACAGAUAAAUUAUAUAUGUAAUUUCAAGAACAUCAAGCUUUUAAGUAAACAAAACAGUAUAUUUCGCGUAGGUUUUUUUUAGGGUGUUUUCAAAGAGACAAAUGACACUUGACCGACGUGAACUUUGACGUCACAAUAAGGGGAAAUUACUCUAAGUAGUUAUUGUAAAUCUGCUGAAAUAAAAAUACCAAAAUCUUCUCAAAAUCUUGCAGAGCUAACGAAUGGGGACAUUUCUUCAAAGAUAGGAAACAGCUGUAACUUGCUCUCGUUUGGAUGAAUGCUCACAUUUAUUUUAUUCACUAUAUAUUACGGUAAUUUCCAGGAAUGUUUCUUUUAAAAGGGGGCGUGGCAACAUCAUUCGAAAAAUCUUCGCAAGCAAAAAGAAAAAGAAAUUUUCAAAAUCAGAAAAAUUCUAAUCCAGGUGAAGAAUCGGAAGUCAUGACCCAGACCGCCCACAUCAUGGACACAGGAAGCUCCCCGUGCCAAGUACAUCAAUGUUCUAAGUGUCGGGGGGACACAGCGUACUAUUGUGUAUCGUGUCCAUGUGAUCUGUGUCCCCAGUGUAAAGAGAACCAUGUAAAAGAUCUCCAAACAAUAGACCAUGAUGUUGUGUCACACCGUGAUAAAAUCAACUACAUCCCAACACAAGAGAUCUGUGUGAGACAUCCUAGCCAUGUUUAUACAAAGUACUGUGAACCUUGUCAAGUUCCUGUCUGUUUCCACUGCAGAAAACAUAGAACUCACAGACAACUUGAUGUUGGAACAUCCUAUAAAACAAAGCGACAACAACACAGAGGAACCAUUCACACCAUCAGGAGUGAGGCUCUCUUUUACAGACCUGUUCUCCUGACAGAAAUCAAAGCUGAUGUCGAAACCUGUCACACAGAAUUCUCCCUCCUUCAAUCAGAGAUGUUAACAAAGGCCAAGAACCUGAAGGGUCUCAUUGACUAUGUGGUAUAUGAUCUAUUGAACAAUGUGUUAUGUUACUUUGAUUUCAAACACAGAUGUAAAAAACAAAAGAUAGAAAUGAUCAGACAUAUUGUCAGACUAAGGAGAUAUGAACACAGAUAUGUACAGCCAGCAUUCACAUUCAGUGCGCUACAAUUCCUCUCCUUCACAAAGACAGCCCUCCCCCAGAUACAUCUUACACUCCACACCAGCCAGCUCUCCAUGACUGAGUCACUCAACAAGGAGGAUGUGAUGGAGUCACUGAGUGCAAUCCAAAUCACAGAGAGAGGAAACCGACGCGUAGGAAACCAGUGUCUGCUGAAACUGACGUCUGGUGCUGAGUUCCAUCAAUCUCUCACACUGACAGGUGUUGAUCGUUGUUUACACAUUUCCUGUGUGACAUCAGACCGGGUCUGGGUCAGUGAUAGAUACAAUCUCAUGUUGACAGACACAACAGGUGUCCCUCUACAUCGUGUGGAGGAUUCAUGUAGUGAUUUAUAUACAGGAAUACACACAGUGAACAGUGAGAGUGAACUGAUUUAUAUAGAUAGGAAUUAUAACAUCAACAAACUGUCAAAGGAUAUGAAAACAACCACCACAUUUAUAGAGACAACAGACUAUACAUGGAGACCACGGUGUGUGUACUGGUCCCCGUCCACUGGGGAUCUACUGGUCGGGAUGUAUAACGAUGAUACAAAGACAGGCAAGGUAACCCGGUACAACCAGAGUGGACAACUCACACAGACCAUACAGUACAACACAGGACAGGGACUGUAUAGUGAUCCUCGCUAUAUAACAGAGAACAACAAUGGGGAUGUCGUGGUGUCUGACUCGUUCAGUGCUGUAGUGGUGACAGAGCGUGGAGGAAGACAUCGUUUCUCCUACACAGGACAUCCAUCAGGAUCACGACUAGGGCCAUGUGGAAUCUGUACUGACCCGCUGUCACACAUCCUGGUGUGUGAUUAUACAACCAACACAGUACAGAUGAUGAAUAAGGACGGUCAGUUCCUGUCACAUCUACUGACAAAAUCACAAGAGAUGCUUAGACCACGGAGCCUGAGUUAUGAUGUCAACACUCACCGUCUCUGGGUCGGAUCAUGGUGGGACACCAAGGUGUGUGUCUACAGGUAUAUCACCAGACAGCACGCUCUGACAGAUGAACACAGACCCCGUCCUGAUGAGGACGCCAUGUCCAGCUCAACACAAGCCGUAUAAUGGAGAUAGCUGGGAUAUUGACAGGAAUUUUAGCCCCAUUGAACUUAGAAUUUUGUCCAGAACUACUAGGUCAAUUUCAACCAAACUUGGCACAAUGCACCCUUCGGCAAAGAAGAUUCAAAGUUGUGAAAAUUAAGGAAUGUGCCCCUUUUCCAGGGGAGAUAAUUAGGAUUUAUGUAUCCCAACCUGAGAGAAAUUCAAAGCCACCCUCCCAUCCCUUUAAUUAAGGUGGUAUGGAACAUCUGUCAAUAAUGAUGUGAAUUAAAGUACAUUACUAUUGAAAUACUUUCAUUGGUUUAGAAUUUUCUUUCACAAUAUUUUACCAAAAAAUAUGUUUUAGAAAAUUUUGGAAAAGUAAUAAAUUUUUCAAACCCGACUCGAACUCGUGACUUACAGGUCCGUAGUGAGCGCUCUAACCCACUGCACUGCGCUGUAAGGUAACAAUGAUGGGAAAGAAACUAUUUAUACAAUUACACUUGAUUUAUUGUUUAUUUCGAGAAAUGAUACGACACAACAUGAAGGUGUCCCAUACCACCUUUCAUGUAAAUAAUGAAUUUUAAUCAAAAUGUUGAUUUAUUCUGUUCAUUUAACAAAUUUUUCAAAAGAGCGGUCCCCAUACAAUUCCCCUCAGUUGCAAUCAGCCGGUACCAGAAUUACAUGCUUCCAGAUUUACUUUUUUGCAUACUGCGUCAUCAGAAAGCGGUGUAGAAUGCCACCUUAAUGCAUACUCUGCCAUUCAUGAUGUGUAGCUUGUCAAGUAAUGGGAGAACAUGGGGUGUUUGAGCUUGCUCACUCUUUCCUUCUUGUCCAAGUAUUUGGUAUUAAUCAUUUAAUACAGUUAUAAAUUAAUUAUUUUUGUUUCUUGCAGACAAGCUGCUUUUUAAACGCCUUCAGGGGGAGAUAGAAGAAAACCUGCCCGGAUUACCCAUAAUUCCAAUGGAGUUACAGAAGCCAAAUAAUUACCGGUCAUCAACGGACUUUGUGUUCUGUGCGUGAACUCUACAUAA